CUCUCUUACUCUCUCCUAUAGUUGUCACUGAUUCGCACAGACGAUGCGAAACACUUCACUCCCGCCAUUUCUCCAUCUUCUUCUUCUUCUUCUCCACUCGAAUUCACCUCCCACUCCAAUCCAAUUCCCGCAUCCGAAACCCUAAUUCCUCCGCUCCUCCGCCCGAGGUUCGUUCGAUCCCCGAAUCUUCUCCCCCCCUCCCCCCCACCCCACCAACUCCGGCCUCGAUCGGAACCCUAGCCAUGCCGUCCCUCAUCUCCCCGGGCAAAAUCCACCGCCUGGAGCUCGAGAACUUCAAGUCCUACAAGGGCCACCAGGUGAUCGGCCCCUUCUACGACUUCACCGCCAUCAUCGGCCCCAACGGCGCCGGCAAGUCCAACCUCAUGGACGCCAUCAGCUUCGUCCUCGGGGUCCGCACCGGCCAGCUCCGGGGGGCCCAGCUGAAGGACCUCAUCUACGCGUUCGACGACCGGGAGAAGGAGCAGAAGGGGCGGAGGGCCUUCGUCCGCCUGGUUUACCUGAUGGGGAACGGGUCGGAGCUCCAGUUCACGCGGGCCAUCACCAGCGCCGGGGGCAGCGAGUACCGGAUCGACGGGAAGGUCGUGACGUGGGACGAGUACAAGGCUAGGUUGAAGUCGCUCGGGAUUCUCGUCAAUGCGAGGAACUUUUUGGUUUUUCAGGGUGAUGUUGAAUCCAUUGCAUCCAAAAAUCCAAAGGAGCUCACUGGACUGUUGGAGCAGAUAUCUGGAUCUGAAGAACUCAAGAGAGACUAUGAGCAGCUCGAAGCCGAAAAAGCUGUGGCAGAGGAAAAAUCUGCUCUUGCAUAUCAGAAAAAACGAACUGUGGUGUUGGAAAGAAAGCAGAAGAAGGAACAGAAAGAAGAGGCUGAAAAGCAUAUCCGUUUGCAGGAUAAAUUGAAAAUGUUGAAGGAGGAGUACUAUUUGUGGCAAUUGCAUCACAUUGAGAAGGAUGUUACUAGGACAAAUGAGGACCUUGAAGCUGAAAGAAAAAGUCGUGAAGGUGUUAUUCACGAACUAGAGAAUUUUGAGCAUGAAGCAAGUAAAAAAAAGAAAGAGCAAGCCAAAUAUCUGAAAGAGAUUGCACAAUGUGAAAGAAAAAUUGCUGAGAGAAGCAAUAAGCUUGACAAAAGCCAACCCGAGCUUUUGAAACUGAAGGAGGAGAUGUCUCGUAUCAGGUCAAAAAUUGAGAGUACCCGGAAAGAUCUUGAUAGGAAAAGGAAAGAAAGGAACAAGCAUGCCAAUGAAAUUAAGGAGCUGCAGAAGGGCAUACAGGAUCUCACUGCAAAACUUGAUGGACUGCGUGAGAAAGGUCUUGAUGGUGGGAAGAAAAUUGGUGAUUACAAUCAGGAUGAACUAGAGGGAUAUUGUAGAGUGAAGGAGGAUGCUGGGACAAGAACAGCGAAGCUCAGAGAUGAGAAAGAAGUUUUGGAUAGGCAACAACAUGCUGAUAUGGAAGCUCAAAAUAAUUUAGAAGAAAAUCUUCAGCAGUUGCAGAAUCGAGAGAAUGAACUUGAGUCACAGGAGGAACAAAUGCGAAGUAGGCUAAAAAGAAUUCUGGAUUCAUCUGCGAGGCACAAGGAUGAUCUUUCAGAAUUGAAUAAGGAAUUACGUUCUCUGCAAGAUAAAUCCCGCAAGUCCAGGAGUAAGUAUGAAAAUCUUAAAUCAAGACUUAGCGAAGUGGAGGACAAAUUGAGUGAAUCAAGGGCUGAUAGACAUGAAAACGAGAGGGACACUAGAUUAUCUCAAGCAGUUGAUGCUCUAAGACGCCUCUUUCCUGGGGUUCAUGGUCGAGUGACUGAUCUUUGCAAGCCAACACAAAAAAAGUACAACCUUGCUGUUACUGUCGCUAUGGGUAAAUUCAUGGAUGCGGUUGUUGUUGAAGAUGAGCAAACAGGAAAGGAAUGCAUCAAGUAUUUGAAAGAACAAAGACUUCCUCCUCAGACAUUUAUACCACUUCAAGCGGUUAGGGUAAAGCCAAUUAUCGAGAGGCUCCGCACCUUGGGUGGGACUUCAAAGCUUGUCUUUGAUGUGAUUCAAUUUGAUCCUGCAUUGGAGAAGGCGGUUCUCUAUGCCGUUGGUAAUACUCUAGUUUGCGACAAUCUUGAUGAAGCUAAAGUUCUAAGCUGGAGCGGAGAGAGGUUCAAAGUUGUCACUACUGAUGGUAUCCUGCUCACAAAGUCCGGAACAAUGACGGGUGGUACCAGUGGUGGGAUGGAAGCAAGAUCUAAAAAAUGGGAUGAUGCGGAAAUUGAAGGACUUAAAAAAUUGAAGGAACAAUAUGAGUCAGAGCUUGAAGAACUCGGUUCUUUAAGAGAGAUGCGCUUGAAAGAGUCUGAAUUAUCUGGGAAAAUUAGUGGACUUGAGAAGAAGAUGCAGUAUGCUGAUAUCGAAAAGCAAAGUAUCAAGGACAAGCUUGCCAAUUUGAAACAAGAGAAGCAAAACAUACGAAGAGAAAUUGAUUGUAUAAGUCCUGAACUCAAGAAGUUGAAAGAUUCAAUUGAUAAAAGGAGUGCCGAAAUCAGGAAGCUUGAGAAGAGGAUAAAUGAGAUUGUUGAUAGAAUUUACAAAGAUUUCAGUGCGUCUUUUGGGGUGAAAAACUUCCGUGAGUACGAAGAAAACCAGCUAAAAGCUGCCCAAGAAAUGGCUGAAGAAAGGUUUAGCGUAAGCGACCAGCUGGCAAAGUUGAAAUACCAGUUGGAGUACGAGAAAAAGCGGGACAUGGAUUCACGUAUUAAAGAACUGGAAUCUUCACUCAAUUCUUUGGAAAAUAAUUUGAAGAAUGUUCAAAAGAAGGAGUCUGAAGCCAAGGUAGCAGUAGAGAAAACUACCAGUGAGAUCAACCGGUUGAAGGAAGAAGUUCAGGAGUGGAAGUUGAAGUCUGAUGAGUGUGAAAAGGAUAUGCAAGAGUGGAAGAAGCGGGCUUCUAAUGCUACGACCAACUUAUCCAAACUUAAUCGUCAGAUAAAUUCUAAGGAGUCACAAAUUGAGCAGCUGAUAUCCCGAAAACAAGAAAUUCUGGAGAAUUGUGAACUGGAACAUAUAGGCCUUCCAACUAUCGCUGACCCAAUGGAGACUGAAUCCUUGACAGAAGGUCCUGUCUUUGAUUUUAGCCAACUAAAUAGAUCGUUACUGCAGGAUAAGCGACCUUCUGAUCGAGAAAAGCAUGAGACAGAGUUCAAGCAAAAAAUUGAUGGUUUGGUAUCAGAAAUUGAGAGGACUGCCCCAAAUUUGAGGGCUCUUGAUCAAUAUGAAGCUCUAAAAGAAAAGGAAAGAGUUGCUACUGAGGAGUUUGAAGCAGCUAGGAAAGAAGAAAAGGAGGUUGCUGACAAGUAUAACGCAGUUAAGCAAAAGAGGAAUGAAUUGUUUAUGGAAGCAUUUAACCAUAUCUCGAGCAUCAUCGAUAAGAUCUACAAGCAAUUAACAAAGAGCACAACACAUCCUCUCGGUGGAACUGCGUAUUUGAAUUUAGAGAAUGAGGAUGAUCCAUUUCUUCAUGGCAUCAAGUACACAGCUAUGCCUCCAACGAAGCGCUUCCGGGACAUGGAACAGCUGUCUGGUGGUGAGAAGACGGUUGCUGCACUUGCAUUACUAUUUUCCAUCCACAGUUAUCGGCCUUCGCCAUUUUUCAUAUUGGAUGAAGUUGAUGCUGCUCUGGACAAUUUGAAUGUCGCGAAGGUGGCUGGAUAUAUCCGCUCGAAGUCAUGCGAAGGGUCCAGGCUUAAUCAGGAUGCAGAUGCGGGUUGUGGUUUCCAGAGCAUAGUGAUAUCUCUGAAAGACAGCUUUUAUGAUAAGGCUGAAGCUCUCGUCGGUGUAUAUAGGGACUCUGAAAAGAGCUGCUCAAGAACUCUGACAUUUGACUUGACCAAAUACCGGGAGUCCUGAAAGAUUUGACCGAUCGUUGAAGGUUCUCACUGUCAAUGUAGAUAUCCUCUACAGAAACUGUAUAUUGUAGCUAUGACUAGGUUACUGCAAAUUCUCACUUCUCCCUGUAUUGCCUGUGAACAACUCUAGUUUUCUUUCGUCACUUCUACGACUGCUUUCUCGGUAUCAUUAUUGCUUGUUUAGUUUCAACUUGAAUUUAAUAA